GCCAGUGCCGACCUCUCUCCAGUCGGAGUCAACCAGUCGUCGAUCCCCCGUCUCCCCUGCCCAGAGCCAAAGUCAGAGACUCGGAUCGUCUGCCAGUCGCGCUGUUUUGUUUGUCGUUUCCUUUCUUCGAAGUCGAUCCCGUUUUUUAUUCCGCCCAGUGACCGUUGCCUCUGAGGAGCCGAGACGACGCGAUCGCCCCCAACACGUGGAGUGUCGUGCACUUUUCCAGGGAAACGAUUCGAUUUAAAUGGGAACUGACAAUCCGAAGACAAACGUGGAAAACGAGUUUAACGAAAUCGACCGAAGCGAUGGAUGGAUUCAGUUGUAUCUGGAGAUAAAAGUGGAAAGCUCUAAGUACGACUUUUCCACGUCUGCGGCGAUAAAGAAAAAGAAUGCGGCGUUCAACAGAUACCGGGACGUCAAUCCGUACGACCACUCGAGGAUCGUUUUGCAGAGGGGGACAUGCGAUUAUAUCAACGCCAAUUUAGUUAAAGUUCCAAAAGCAAAUAGAAAAUACAUUUUAACUCAGGGUCCCUUACAACGAACCGUUGGCCAUUUUUGGCUUAUGGUAUGGGAGCAAAAAAGUCGUGGGAUUGUUAUGUUAAAUAGAAUAUUAGAAAAUAAUCAGAAAAAAUGCCACCUUUAUUGGCCCAGAGGUGAGAAGGCUCACGGAGAAAAUGUACUAACAUUAACAGAUGUCGGUCUUUCGGUAACAUUCGUCUCGUUUGAUGAUAAAAAUGCUUAUCCUAAAACUAUACUGAGGCUCACUGACUUAGAGUCAGGGGAAAGUAGGGAGGUCAUACAUUUUCAGUACACCAUGUGGCCUGACUUUGGUGUUCCCGAAAGUGCACGAUGCUUCGUACGGUUCUUGUGCCUUGUCAGGAGGAGCGGAAUCCUAGAAGAGGAUAGUGGAGGUCCGCCUGUUGUCCAUUGUUCAGCCGGGAUCGGAAGGUCGGGCACCUUCUGCCUCGUUGACUCGUGUCUCAUUCUCAUGAAAAAAUUGGGCCAGAAAGAUGUAAACAUUAAAGAACUUCUACUGGAGAUGAGAUCAGAUAGAAUGGGCCUGAUUCAGACCCCGGGGCAACUUCGAUUCUCUUACUUAGCUGUAAUCGAAGAACUGACAAUGGAUUGGGAAUCACAGAAAGAAUUUGAAUGUCUACCUGAAGAGGAGUCUGCAUGGAAGAACACAAUAUCGGAGUCUGACUCAGAAUCAGAUGAUGAACCGCCUCCUUUGCCACCGCCGCGAAGUGACAGCAAAAGAGAAAUACCUCCAUCACCACCUCAUGACUUACCUUUACCUCCAGACAGGCCACUCCCGAGUGAACCACCAACGCCUGAGACGCCCACACCUGAAAACGAACUUUCCAACAACGAUGCUUCAAUGCAUUAUAAUGAUUUGGGCGAGGGUCUCAGGGAGAGAAAGAGGGUUGAAGCGAACAAGAAGACAUCUGAUAUUAUAUCGGAAAUGAAAAGGAAGCAGGAAGCGGCCGAGAGUUGGCAGAGAGUUAAGAGGUCUUUAUUGAAACCCUUCAACCUUGGUCUUGGUGCUUGCCUCAUUGGAGGCAGUGUCAUUGCCAUUUAUUUGUACAUUAGUCGAGAAUCAUAAUGCUCAUAAAUGAAAAGUCAAUAUGAAAGAAAUCAUGUAAAUACAUUAAUAAUAAUGGACUUUUUCAGCCCUUGAUUAUACACACAUAAUACAUACACAAACAAACAACAACCACAACGGUGUGCCUGUGUAAACACACAAACAAACGUACAUGUACAUAAUAACCUUUUCCUCUUUUAAUAUCUGAAUGAUUUAUUUUCAAAGAAAAAGGAGGUGUUUACAUUUUCACGUUUGAUACAAAUUUCUUUAGUAUGUAGAAUCGUCAUGGUAUUGAUGAAAACUUUUGAAGUAAGUACCAUAAAGUUAUUGUUUCUAUAUAUUUCAAAAGGAAAAUUUUCUCGACGAGUCUCUUGUUGGAAAAUAUCAAUGUUUGUCUGUGCCAUAUCAUUUUUUGUUAUCCCUUGUUUCCGUUUUUCCCCUUUUUCAUGAGAAAAAAGUGUAUUUACUAUGGAAGUGUACAGUAUUAAUUUAAUUGUUAUUGCUAUUAAAAAACUCCAACAACCAAAUUUUUCUAUUUACUAAUUAUAUUGCUCAAAACAUCUUGUUUUGACAAAAAGAGUCGCGAAAAUGUCAGUCAAAGUAAAGAGCUUAUUUUAAAUCCAAGUGACCAAUCACAUAAUAAUAUUCUUUUUAAAAAAAAAUGGGAAUGGAUUAUGUUUCCAAUCUAUUUCUACUGAAAUUAAACUAAAAAAAUUAUAUAUUUGCAUUUGUCUUUAUUUCCUAGUGUCUUCUUUUUGUUCUAAAACAAAGUGUUCAAAGAAUUUUAUGGAUUCGUCCAGUUUUUAUCUCAAUUUAGACUUUCUGUGAUGGAUAUUUUUUUAUAUUUUACAAUUUGUAGAUUUUUUAUAUAAUAACAAAAUGAAAUAAUAUAUUAUGUAUAAGUAAAUUUUUUGUCAUAUGUACUUGUAAAAUACACAAUACAGAAGCUCGAUGGUAAACAAUCAAUUUUCUUUUUCUUUUUUAAAUAUAUAAGCCUAGUACUGAAUGUAAGGCUUAAGGCAGGAUUAUUUAGAGGAUGACUGCAAGACAAAUUAUGUUUUUAUACAUGGAUUUAAAAAAUCCUACUGUCUUGAUUAAAGUUAAAUGGAGGAUUUCCACAUUUUUUAGUUUAAAAAAGCCUGUAUUUUAUUACUUUAUCAUGGCAUCCUCUAAUUUUUUAAUUGUUUUAUUGUCAAAAACGUUCAUAUGUGGGCCUAAGAAACAUUGUAUAAAAGGCAACAACGCUUCUCAAAGUGACACAAAUUGCGAUAUUUGAUACGCUUGUAAAUUAUAAACCGACUGCGGUUAAAUAAUUAAUUAUCAUCUGCGAAUAAGGGAGGGUGAGAGGCUGUAGUAAAAUGUUUUGCCAUUUCUUUUAUACCGAGUUGAGUGGGUGCGAUAAUGAAUAGAAACAUGGUUUACUAAUUGUCUAGGUGUGAAAACAUAUUCCAAACAAACAUUUUCACUUUAUUUUUUUUGUUAAACAAUAAACUCGCUGUGCAAUAAAUUCUUAGGCUAUUUAAUGUGUCAUUUAUCACUUGAUGAAUUUCUAUUGAAUUUUUAAUAUUAAUGUACAUUGAAUGGACAACUUAGACUGAAAUGUGUGGUUAUGGUGGUAUUUUGCUGAUGUUAGAGCAAUUGAAAGUAACGCAUGUUAACGUAUCUUGUAUGGAACAGUCCUAUCCUUUUGGUAAAACAAAAAUAAAUAUGUAUUUUUUUAAGAAAAAAAUUAGCUAGGUUAAGGGAAUGAGAUGGAUCUUCAAAAAUUACUUUUUAUUCAUUAUAGAAGGCACACCAUUCAGUGAAUGUAUUUGUUAUAAGUUGUAGUCUUCACAAUGAACAUUUUGGAAUUGAAAUUAAAUUUUCAAAGAAUUUAUCGCAGUGUGCUGUGGAAAAAUAAUCAAAACCUGCAUAUUUUUAUUAUCCUUUUUGUGUUUUAGAUUAAUAGAAAUGUGAAAUACCUGAAAUUGUGAUAUUUUUUAAUGAAUAUCAUUAUGAAAACUGGGUCAAUUUUGUUGGGUUACUGUAAAAAUGCAGCUGUCGAGGAUAUUUUAUGUAACACUUAAUAUUACUGCUAAUAAUGAUAAUAAUAUUACUACCAAUAUUAUUAUUAUUAUUUAAUUGAUAACAAUAAUAAUGACACUGUCAUGCGUAUAUAAAAUAUUUGAAACAACUUUCUAUAAAAAUAAUCUAAAUUAGUUUUGUACUACUCUCAGUUUGUAUACAAUAUUAUUGUGAACAACCUUUAUUGAUAUUUUACACAGUUAAUAUAUGUGUCAAGUGUAAA